AACAAAGGCGAGCGCUCCGAGGAGCGGGUCCUCGGCUGAAGAGCGCGCCGACGGCCGGCCGGAGGGUGGUGGCCGUGAGAGACCCAGGAGUGGCGCGCUCCCCUGCUCCUGUCACCUACGCGCGCGGCUCCCAGAGCAGCCCGGCCGGUCCAACCAAGGUCCAAGGCGAACCCCUUGCCAGUGCACAGUGGAUGCCCCCGGCCUUUCGCCAGGACGCCUGGGAAGGGGCCGCGCACCGUGGACCCAGCAGGCGAGCACUUCUGCAGCCCGAGGCUUCCACGUGAGCGGUUGCGCUCUCUCCUCGACCUCCGGGGCCUCCCAGCCGUCUGUGCUGCCCGAGCAUUUGUGUGUGGGGGGAGUCGCCAGCGGAGGGAAUCGUCGCCCACGGUCAGGUGUCUGAGGCUCCCACGAGCCCCCGCUGCCCCGCGCCUCGCUGGAGCCUUAGGGGUCUCGGGUCCGGGGCGAGGGCCGGCUGGAUUGUUUGAUGGCUUCACUGAGAAGAGUCAAAGUGCUGCUGGUGUUGAACUUGAUCGCCGUGGCCGGCUUCGUGCUCUUCCUGGCGAAGUGCCGGCCCAUAGCUGUGCGCAGCGGAGACGCCUUCCACGAGAUCCGGCCGCGCGCCGAGGCUGCCAACCUCAGCGCGCACAGCGCCAGCCCCAUCCAGGAUGCGGUCCUGAAGCGCCUGUCGCUGCUGGAGGACAUCGUCUACCGGCAGCUGAAUGGUUUAUCCAAAUCCCUUGGGCUCAUUGAAGGUUACGGUGGACGGGGCAGAGGGGGUCUUCCUGCUACCCUUUCCCCAGCAGAAGAAGAAAAAGCCAAGGGACCCCAUGAGAAGUAUGGCUACAAUUCCUACCUCAGUGAAAAAAUUUCACUGGAUCGUUCCAUUCCGGAUUAUCGUCCCACCAAGUGCAAGGAGCUCAAGUACUCCAAGGAGCUGCCACAGAUCUCCAUCAUCUUUAUCUUCGUGAACGAGGCCCUGUCGGUCAUCCUGCGGUCGGUGCACAGUGCCAUCAAUCACACACCUACCCACCUGCUGAAGGAAAUCAUCCUGGUGGAUGACAACAGUGACGAAGAGGAGCUAAAAGCACCAUUGGAGGAGUACGUCCACAAACGCUACCCUGGGCUGGUGAAGGUGGUGCGCAAUCAGAAGAGAGAGGGCCUGAUCCGAGCUCGCAUAGAAGGCUGGAAGGUGGCCACCGGCCAGGUCACUGGCUUCUUCGAUGCUCAUGUGGAAUUCACUGCUGGCUGGGCUGAACCGGUUCUGUCCCGCAUCCAGGAGAACCGGAAGCGAGUGAUCCUUCCCUCCAUUGACAACAUCAAGCAAGACAACUUUGAGGUGCAACGCUACGAGAACUCAGCCCACGGGUACAGCUGGGAGCUGUGGUGCAUGUACAUCAGCCCCCCGAAGGACUGGUGGGAUGCUGGAGACCCUUCUCUCCCCAUCAGAACACCUGCCAUGAUUGGCUGCUCCUUUGUGGUCAACAGGAAGUUCUUCGGUGAAAUUGGUCUUCUGGACCCUGGGAUGGAUGUCUAUGGAGGAGAAAAUAUCGAGCUUGGAAUAAAGCACUUUGGUCUGUUCCUGCAGCUUCGCAACAACAAGGCAAAAGAUGUCUGCUUGGACCAGGGGCCGCUGGAGAACCACACAGCCAUCCUGUACCCCUGCCACGGCUGGGGACCACAGCUUGCCCGCUAUACCAAGGAAGGCUUCCUGCACUUGGGCGCCCUGGGGACCACCACGCUCCUGCCUGACACCCGCUGCCUGGUGGACAACUCCAAGAGUCGGCUACCCCAGCUCCUCGACUGCGACAAGGUCAAAAGCAGCCUGUACAAGCGCUGGAACUUCAUUCAGAAUGGAGCCAUCAUGAACAAGGGCACAGGGCGCUGCCUGGAGGUGGAGAACCGGGGCCUGGCUGGCCUUGACCUCAUCCUACGUGGCUGCACAGGACAGAGGUGGACAAUUAAGAACUCCAUCAAGUAGCUGGCAGAAGCUGGGGCUCCCGGAGCCCAACCCAGGACCUGGCCCAACCGUCCUCAAGAGCAUCCACACCGUGGAGAGAUCGCAGAGGCCCAACAGGUGCUCGUGGGCCUUCAGGGCCCCUUCAAGGCAGCGGGGGGCCCCCGGAUGAAGACUUUCAGUCCUUCUCAGGCAUUCAGCUGCCCGAGGCUCCUGCACCCUGGGAAAGUCCCCAGUCCUUCUCUGGGAAGCCAGGAGCUGUAUCUUCUGUACCCCAGAUGUGGGCAGGGACAGGAUAAGACUCCUCUGCUUUUCCUCUGUGUCAUCUUUUGCCCCAGUAUCAGGACCUGGGCCUGGCAGGGUCCCCUCCUCUCUUUCAUCCUUUGCAGCCACAGCAGCUUCUGGGUUCCACCAUGGCCCCUCUGCAGAUGGGGUCUUCGGCUACAUCAGAGCCCCCCUUUACCCAGAGGAGACAGUGAGGCCCUAAGACUGUUUCCUCUGAGCUGCUUCUGUUCAGAUGCCCAUUUACAACCCAAGGCAGCUGCAACCCCUUAGGGAUGGCCUUGGGGGCUGCAGCUCUGGAAGUUUCUGAGGUGGCCAGGGAGGAGCUGAUGCUACCACCCUGAUCGUCUGGGCACUUGGCUCCUAUAAAUGUGCAUGGGCUGCCCUCCUGCCUGCAUCCAUGGGGAGCCAGAAAUGGGCAGGGCACACGUGUAUGGAGGCCUCUGCUUCAGGGGUCAGGAGGCCAGAAGCAGUUCGGGGCAGCUCUGCCACUGGGGGGCCCCGGAGUCCUGGCUGGUGGAGCUGCAGGGCCCUCUGUGGGGAAGGGCUGCAGAAGCAGCCCAGCCACGGGCCCCAGGAAGCUCAGAGAUGCUUUGUGCUCACCACAUUUCACCCUAAGCUCUGCAGGUGACAGGGAAGAAGGCAGUUGUCUCCUCUCUUAACAGUAACCCUUGCUUUCUGAUCGCCCUCUGGUUAGGGUGCACUUAUAAAUCAGAGUUAAUAUAUGGACGUGUGUGCAUGCAUCCGAGUGUGUGUGCCUGUGCGCUGUGUGUGGCAGGGUGUGAGUGUGUGUCUGAGUGUGUGCUGUGAGCAGAGCCGAUGUCGCUGUGUGGCCUUGAGCUUGCCACUUCAUUGCCCACGUGAUGGGGGCGCCUGGAAGCAGGCGGGGUUGGCCCCAGGUCGGCGGCUCUGGCCAAGGGACCUUGCUCAGCCUUGCCUAUGCGGUACCCUUUUGCCACCUCCCACCUCUCUCCCCACUGCUGUCUCUGGCUAACCCUGCCCAGAACCAAACCCUGUAGUUGCCCCAUUGCCCAGUGUGGGGUACAGUGUCUCACUGGUGGCAUCUUCUCAGUGACCACACUUCUCCCCAUCUCCCACCCUAUGAAAUAAAGACCUCAGCACUUCCCAAUGCCGCCUCCUUUGCAUU